UCCAACGUCUUCUCCAUGUUUGAGCAGACCCAGAUCCAGGAAUUCAAGGAGGCCUUCACACUUAUUGAUCAGAACAGAGAUGGCUUCAUUGAUAAAGAGGAUCUAAAAGACACAUAUGCAUCUCUUGGCAAACUGAAUGUAGUCGAUAAGGAGCUGGAGGAAAUGCUAAAAGAGGCCACUGGUCCAAUCAACUUCACAAUGUUUCUCAACCUGUUUGGGGGGAAAUUACAUGGUACUGACCCGGAGGACACCAUUGUGAAUGCCUUUAAGAUGUUUGAUCCUAAUGCAAAAGGUUUCAUACACAAAGAUGAGUUACAGCACAUACUGAUGACACAAGCAGACAAAUUCUCUGCAGAGGAGGUGAAGCAAAUGUUCCAGUCAUCCAACAUUGACGCAGCCGGGAACCUGGACUAUAAAUCCUUGUGCUACAUAAUCACCCAUGGGGAAGAACAGGAAGAGUAAGACCCACAUGACAUCCCUUGUGACUCGG